AUGGUAAAACCAAAAACAAAAGCAUCAAAUUGGAGGCAUGAUGAUUUUAUUAAAAAAAUUUCAGCAAAACAAAAAUAUUCUUCCAUACUUAAUAAUAAAGAUAAUGUUGAUUUAUCAUUGCUCAAACAACAACAACAACUGGUUCCUAAAACAAUGUCAGAUUCUUGUGUUGAAAAAUUCUUGCCACUCAAAAGUGAUGCUGAAUUGUUAGAAGAUUAUAUUAGUCCAUAUGGUGGAAUUAGAUUGGGAAAAAUAUUUGAAAAUUUGGAUCUUUUAGCUGGUGCAAGUGCUUAUAAACAUUGUGAAAUUGACAAAAGUAAUUUAGCACCUUUUUUAAUAGUUACAGCAUCUGUUGAUAGAUUGGAUUUGUUAAUUAAAUACUUGAAAAUCAAUGAUCUAAGAUUAAUUGGGCACGUAACUUAUGUUGGAUAUAGUUCAAUGGAAGUUUUGAUUAAAAUGGAAUCGCUUAAAGAUGGUGUAAUGCAAAAAAUAGAAAAAAAUCCCGAGUACAUAUUUAACGAAAAUCAAGAUAAACUUGAAACGAUUAUGAUAGCAAGAUUUACAAUGGUAGCAAAAGAUCCAACGACAGGUCAAGCAGCUCGAGUCAAUCCAUUACAAUUAGAAAAUGAAAAUCAAAAAAGACUAUUUCAAAUGGGAAAAGCUCGUAAAAUUGAAUCAGCUGCCAAAUCUCUUAAUAAAUUACCACCAACAAAAGAUGAAAGAUUAUUAAUACAUGAUUUGUACCUUGAAUAUAGCAAAUAUGCGGAUACAAAGAGAAAAGAAAAGAAACCCGAUGAUAUUAUGUGGAUGGAUGAAACAAUUAUGGAAUCUGUUGUUCUCAUGCAGCCACAAUAUAGAAACCUUCAUGGUUUUAUAUUUGGUGCAUUGGAUGAAAUUUCAUUUAGAAAACCUGUACCAAUUGGCUCAGUUUUAAGCUUGUCAUCUCAAAUUGUGUAUUCACCUGGUACACCACAUCAAAGUUUUCAAGUUGCAGUUAUAGCAGAUGUUUUAGAUAUUGAAAAAGAAAAAAGAGACACAACAAAUAUAUUUCAUUUUACUUUUACAUCAUAUAAUAUUAUUAAUGUUAGAAGAGUUAUACCAAAUACAUAUGGGGACUUGAUGAAAUUUCUUGAAGGUAAAAGAAGAAGAGAGAUUGGAUUGAAAUUAAAAAGUUUAUAUAAAUAA